AUGGCAGCUCCGCUUGAAGAGCGGCAGCAGGGGAAUUCUGGAACAAUAAGAUACACCAUAGGCACUCCUCGCAACCAGAAUGAACUUUCGCAGAAUGCCAAUGGUCAGUACACGUACGGUCCACCAAACAACGCAAAUGGCAAUUCAAACGACGCUCCCUACGACAGCGACGCCAGACAUUCCUCUGAUAGUCGAACCGGAAGAAAGAGGUCCGUGGGCGGGCAAGGAGAGCGGAGUAGAUCAAGAACAAAUGGCAGUACAGGAAAGUCAUCCAAUUCUGGAGCCCGGCAAUGCAGAAAGUGUGGCGAGGCUCUGACUGGUCAAUUUGUCCGUGCUCUUGGUGGGACAUUCCACCUUGAUUGCUUUAAGUGCGCCGACUGUGGUCAGAUUGUCGCUUCGAAGUUUUUCCCUGUAGACACCGAGGAUGGAUCUGGGCAGUUUCCUCUUUGCGAAACGGACUAUUUUCGGCGCUUGGAUCUUCUGUGCUUUGAAUGCGGUGGCGCUCUUCGUGGCUCCUACAUCACGGCCCUCGACCGGAAAUAUCACAUCGAACAUUUCACAUGCUCGGUUUGCCCAACCGUUUUCGGCGCUCAAGACAGCUACUACGAACAUGACGGGAAAGUUUACUGUCACUAUCACUAUUCCACGCAGUUUGCGCAACGAUGCAACGGUUGCCAGACUGCUAUUCUAAAACAAUUUGUUGAGAUCUUCCGGAAUGGUCAGAAUCAGCACUGGCACCCUGAAUGCUACAUGAUCCAUAAGUUCUGGAAUGUCCGACUUGCACAAACCGAAACAGAGGUGGAGAGGAAAGACAUUCACGCCCCUGUCACCGAGGAUGAGCGGGAAACUGUCAAAGAGGACGAGGAAAAGAUGGAGGACAAGGUCUACAGGAUCUGGAGCACGCUUUCCACCUUUGAGGAAUCCUCUGCUUCAUGCAUCUCAGAUAUGCUUCUCCACGUCAGUAAUGGCGUCUAUGUCGAUGGAGUCAUUGUUGCGCGAAAAUUCAUCUGGCACGUUGACAUCCUCUUCGGCGCAAUCGACACGCUCGCAGCUUUGGUCGUCAAGGCUGACCUCAAAGAACUUGCUUACGGUCGAGAAGCGAAACUACUCUGCAAAAAGGUCGUGGCAUUCUUCACACUCCUCUCCAAAACUCAGGAAACUGGCGUGCGAAAACUUGGAGUCACCCAGGAGCUCUUGUCCUUGGUUACAGGUCUGGCUCAUUACCUAAAAUUACUCAUUCGCAUCGGUCUUCAAGGAGCCCUGAAGCUUGAACGUGAGAAAGGGUCCCCGGAAGGCCUGCAUGCCUUCUUGGACGAGCUUGCCGAUCUGGAAACAAUUAAAGAGCAGGAGAUGAAAUCACUAGAUUUACAGGAGAGUGUUGCAGGCCUUGCUAGCCAAGAAUCGGAUUGCUGUUCUGCAUGCAUGGAACCCAUUGACGACGAAUGCGUCAUGAUUUACGGUCGAAGAUGGCAUGUGAAGCCCCGUCAUCUUACCUGCAGCGUCUGCCAACGAGAUUUGACAAGCGAUCUCGCAAGUGCGAUGUAUAACGAAAGAGAAGAAAAAGUGUACUGUCUUGAUCAUGCAAGACGGACGCCGGACACAGUUUCAGGCUUCGCUCAUGUCACCAAAUUACAGCAAUAUGUCUUCCUACUCCAAGUUGCGUUGGCCCGGUUGCUUGAGGUGCUGAAAUCUGGCGGUACUCUACCACAUACAUCCGAUGAUCCUAAUCUGACUCCAUACAAUACGAAUGAAGGACAUCAUAUCUCACCUACAGGGGAGCCCGUUACGCCUCAUCAAAAGAUGGGAUCACGAUCUAGGUCUUAUGCGGGUACAUCGAGCCAGCAAGAAUCGUCACUAGAACAGACUGUGGGUGAGAUGAAGCGACUUCGAUCUACUCGAAACGAACGCACUCUUUCCACGACAUUCCGAAAGGCUCGAGAGUCUAAAAUCCUCUACGGCCCAAGUGGAGUGCGGCCAGGUUCUGAAGGAGGCGAUGGUCAGGAUAGCCGGACUUCCGGUGGCUUCCAGAUCGUUCAGGAGAAGGAUCUUGAUGGUCGUAUGAAAUCGGAACUAACCUUCGGCGAUCGAGAAGCUCUGACCCUGGACGACAUUCCAAGGAUUGUUGCUGCUGAGCAGGCCAAGGAACAACGACCGAACGCUUUCCGCCAUGCGGGCACCAACCUCAUCGGUCACAGAGGCAAUGAACCGAGACUUGUUAAUGGACACCAGCGAGGCGCAUCUAGUGGCGGUGCUGAUCUUCUGGGCGGCGAAAGCCCUCUUAGAACCAAAAGAUACUUUUCGGAACUAUCCGCUUUGGAAUAUUUCAUCGUCCGACAUGUGGCAGUCCUUUCGAUGCAGCCCUUGUUGAAUGGGGAAUAUACCCUUGAGGAUUUACUAGGUCUGAUUGAACAGCGAAAGCAGACAUUUUGGGGCAAAGUCAGCCGUGCACUUCGCGGUGAUGCCAGCGCAAAGAAGAAGGGCAUCUUCGGUGUCCCGUUGGAGACGCUUGUUGAACGAGAGGGAGCAGAAUCGACUAACGGAGUCGGACCUGGUGCCCUCAGGGUUCCAGCGAUUGUUGACGACUGUAUAUCUGCCAUGAAACAGAUGGACAUGUCGGUCGAAGGUGUCUUCAGAAAGAACGGCAACAUCAAGCGACUCAAGGAAGCUGCAGAAGCGAUCGAUGCAAAUCAGACGCCUGACCUCAGCCGUGAAAACCCUGUGCAGGUUGCCGCACUGCUCAAGAAGUUCUUGAGAGAGAUGCCUGACCCGCUGUUGACAUUCAAGUUGCAAAAGCUUUUCAUCAUUUCUCAAAAGAUAGAGGACGAUGAACGCCGAAGGAGGGUUCUGCAUCUCACGUGCUGCCUGAUGCCGAAGAGUCAUCGCGAUACCAUGGAAGUGUUAUUCUCAUUCCUCAAAUGGGCAGCGUCUUUCUCUCAGGUUGAUGAAGAAUCUGGCAGCAAGAUGGACAUUCACAAUCUGGCUACCGUUAUGGCGCCGAACAUCUUGUAUGCGAAGGAGAAGGCACCAGGUGCCAGACAGCCGCAAGUUCCACAGGUCGAUGAUAGCUUCCUUGCUAUUGAAGCAGUCAACACCUUGAUCGAAUACAAUGAUUUAUUCUGCCAGGUCCCCGAAGAUCUACAGUCUAUCUUGACAGACACCAACCUUCAUGGAGGAUCUGCAGAACUUACAACCAAGGAAAUACUGUCCAGAUAUGGUCAUAUUGCCAAGGGCCAGGUACAGAAACAAACAGUUGCAGCACCAGAUGCGCCAGUUCGCAGUCCCGCCUCGGCGUCGAACUCUCUUGGACCCGUUGCAACAAGGGUUGAUGUCGAUCCAUAUCAGGCCAAUGCAUGGCAGAAGCAAAGUUCUGUUAGGCCUGUACAGAACAUGGUUUCAGCAACAUCUGCACCAGCAAACGACUUCAACUUCAGUGUUCCUAACAGCCCAUACGCCCGAGGCCGCGCAGGAAGUGCUGAUAGUGGAGGAAGUCACGCUGGUGCACCAGGAGGACGGCAGAGCUACCAGCCGAGACCGGGGCAAAUGGGUGUAGCUGGUUGA